GGCGGGAGUCCGUGACGCACCGUGUUUGUCCCUCUGUCUGCAGCGCCACCUGGCGGCGGGAGGGUUGAGUUUAGUUUAUUGUCACGUGUACCGAGGUUCAGUGAAAAGAUUUGUUGUUGCUAACCAGUCAGCAGAAAGACAACACGUGAUCACAAUCGAUCCGUCCACAGUGUACGGAUACGGGAUGAAGGGAAUAACGUUGAGUGUAAGACUUGUGUGACUCCAGUGCGGAGACAAGGUUUCUCCCUGUAUAAGGUCAAAAGUGAUAGCAGCAGAAUUAGGCCAUUCGGCCCAUUAAGUCUAUUCCGCCAUUCAAUCAUGGCUGAUCUAUCUCUCCCUCCUGUGAGAUUCGAAAAUCACAAAUGCUCUUGAGACAAAUUCAGACAAAGAAGUGUUUUUAUUAAUUUCAUAUUCUGCAGAAUAGGUGCCUCUCCUCUGAUGUCCCCUAGAGGCACAAAGAAGAUGGAGAUGCUUUCUAUCUUUAUACCUUUCUUCACUAUGGUCACUACCUCAUGUCUCCCCAUCGAGUUUCGUCCAAUCAUAACAUAAAGCCCACAUUCCCACGAGAAAGUCCAGGAACGUCUCGGACCAUCUCCUGACGUCAAAGGCUCCCAAGGCUUCUGCUGAAGUUUUUAUCUUUGUUACUUUCUUUAUCUAGAAUUUCUCUCUGUUCUGUAUAUUGUUACUUUAUUCUACCAGCAGUCUGGCUUCUGCUGACACCUUAUUUCAUUCUAAGUUAUAUUUUUCAGAGUUCUAGUAUAAAUCAACGAUCCCUAUUUACCCUUUUCUCACAAUCCACCAUUUUUUUUUUUGCUACGCAUCUUUUGAUUUAUACAAUAUCUUACUUUUCUAGUGCUAGCAGCAGAUUCUUCGCCUCCCUAUCCUCCUCUCGCUAGUCAUACUGUGUUCUGAAGGCCAGCGCAGGGAAUGAUACAACAUCCGAAUAGGCACUAAGUCAAUGGUUCCUUCCCUUCACGCACAGUCUACGGGUUGAUAUUGUCUGGUGGGGCCUCCACAGGACCCUUAAAUCGGUUUGCGUGUGUCCACCCUUUUUCUUUUUGUUCGUACUGCUGUCUCGGUGAUUAAUAACACAAGGUAGGGUCCAGUCCACUUUGGUUGCAGCUUUUCUUCUUUCCAUGAUUUUACAAGAUCCCAGUUCUCUGCUUUCACAGAAUGGAUUGGCAAGUCGAGAUGGGGACUCUGUGCCAGCAGCCCCUUGGUUUUUAAUUCUGUAAUAGAAUGAGAUACUGCCAGUAAACUGUUCCUUAAGAAAACAUCGUUACCAUGGGUUUAGGAGCCAAUGCUGUAGACGGAGAGACGGGGAUGUGAGCGGCCAUUGAGGGCGGCCAGAGUGCUGGUGAGACCCCCCACCCCUCCCCAUCUGCUCGAUGUGCGACCUGAGCUUCAAUGGAGGACCACAUGACGGGGCACAAGGAGAAGCGUUAUGAGUGUGACGUGUGUGGCAAAGCCUGGCAGUACCCUAGCCGUCUGGAGAUCCACCGGCGGGUGCACACAGGAGAACGUCCCUUUGAUUGCUCCGACUGCGGCAAGAGCUUUACCUGUUUGUCGGUGCUGCGGGUGCACCGGCAGGUGCACACGGAAGAACGUCCCUUUGAAUGCUCCAACUGCAGCAAGAGCUUCAAGACGGCACAUGAACUGGAGAGACACCGGCGAGUGCAUACGGGCGAGAAGCCCUAUGGCUGCUCCACCUGCGGGACGAGCUUUGCCUGGUUGUCGGGGCUGCGGGAGCACCGGUGGAUACACAUGGGCGAGAAGCCCCAUGGCUGCUCCAUGUGUGGCAAGAGCUUUGGCCAGUUGUGGAGGCUGCGGGAGCACCGGCGGGUGCACAGCAGCGAGCGGCCCUUCUCCUGCUCUGUCUGCGGCAAAGGCUUCAAGUCGUGUAAGACCCUGAAGGUGCACAGGCGCCUGCACACCGGGGAACGGCCCUACAUCUGCAGCGAGUGUGGCAAGAGCUUCACCCAUUCUAACAGCCUGCUGUCCCACCAGCACACCCACACCGGGGAGCGGCCCUACACCUGCAGCGACUGCGGCAAGGGCUUCGCCCAUUACAGCAACCUGCUGUCACACCAGCGCACCCACACCGGGGAGCGCCCCUUCACCUGCACCCAGUGCAGCAAGGGCUUCACCAAGUCCAGCAGCCUGCUGUCCCACCAGCGCACCCACACCGGCGAGCGCCCCUUCAGCUGCAGCGACUGCGGCAAGGGCUUCAUCUGCUCCAACAGGCUGCUGUCCCACCAGCGGGUGCACGCCGGCGACCGUCCCAUCCCCAGCCCGGUGGGUGGAGAACGCUUUGCCAUGGCCUCCCAUGCCCUGUCUCACCAGCGCGUGCACACCAGUGGCCAGCCCUACGACUGCCCGUACUGCGGUGAGUCGUUUGACAGCUCACGGGGGUUGCGGCAGCACCGGCGGGCUCACACCGGCGAGCAGCUGCACCCACUGCGGCAAGAGUUUCAAGAAAGCACGGGGGCUGCGGGAGAACCAGCGGAUACACACCAGAGAGAGACCCUUUGAGUGCGCUGAAUGUGGCGAGGGUUUCACCCGCAUGUCCAGCCUGUGGCAGCACCGGCUCACACACAGCGGUGAACGUCCAUUCCCCUGCCCGUCCUGUGGUAACGGCUUGACCCGCCUUGACCACCUGCUAGAGCACCGGCGAGUCCACACUGGCCAGCGCCCCUUCACCUGCCCGCUCUUUGCCCUCUUCUCCAGCCUGCUGGCACACGUGGAUAGGCACUGUUUUGUGUCCUUUUUUGAAAAACAGCAUCUGCAGUUCCUUGUUUUUAAACCAUUCUGGUUAACCAUCUCUGCACCUUCCCCAAAGCCUCCACAUCAGUCCUGUAAUGGAGUGACCAGACUGUAUGCAAUACUCCAAAUGCUACCUGACCAAUGUCCCUUAAAGCUGCACAUAUACAUUCCUCUCUCUUUAUCUCACACCCUUUUAUCUCCUUGUUUUCUCUCGCCUCUGUCACUCCAGUUAUUGCAGGAGAUCUUGUCGACGAGUAUUCUGGACCCACUGUUGACAUCUGAAAUUACAGGAGCAAAUUAGGAUUAACUAAUAAGAAAAAAACUAAUCAUAACUACAUGCCUGAACAAUGGAUGAUAUAUCACUUAAGUGCAAUUGUUUUCAGUUGUGUGGAGAGACCUGUAUAUUGAACAUGCUUUUUUCCUCUAAUAUGUCAAUUUACCUUAAAUGCAGAAGAGCUUAUUAAAAUCUUCUUACAAAGAC